CUCUCUAUUUAAUACUAAUAUACGAGGGAUACACCCGAGAAUAGGUGAUAGGAAUUUAAAGAAGGCAAAAAUUUGACAAGCGUACAUUUAAAAAACAAACUAAAAUAAAAUAUGCAAGGUAAAAUAUUAAAGCGCAUAAGCGAGAGAGACAAAGAGAAGAGAGAGAGAGAGAAAGAGGACACGACUGACAGAGCGAGAUAGAGAUGACGAAUAGAACGGUAAUGCAGGGACGGGGAAGGGAAUACAGAACGGGACGAGGAGAGAACACGAGCAGACGGAAGAUGACGGCCAAAUGCAUGUUCAUUCUUUUUGUUGUCCUAUCGUUGGUCGUGAGCAGCGCGCUUUGCCAAACUUUCCAAUAUAGUCGCGGAUGGACCAACGGCAAGCGAUCCGAGUUUCCGAGCUCGCCGGAAAUCUCCGCUCUAGGAGACGAGCGUUUCAACAGCGGUGAUCUCAAGAGGCUGAAGAUGCUGAUACACGGAAGCGCCGACGAACAACCGCUGGUGAUCCACUGCGAUUUCGUGGACAAACUGAGGAAAUUCGUUCACAUGGAUAAUUAUGCCCCUCAGCUGCGCCGGGAAAAGGGACCGAAUGAGGAUAAUUACUGAAAGGGAUACUCGUCGUGAUGUACUUGUAUUGAUCGUGAUUGUUUUGAAGAUAUACUCGGCAUGUAAAUUUAGACGCGUAGUUUUAGUCAAACCAGAAUAAAUUAUCAUAAUAAUC